UGCUUGCUGGAGGAUUUCCUCCCACAGUGUCUCUGGGUACUGAAGUAGCUGAAAUGAGAAAAAGGCAACAGUCACAAAAUGAAGGAACAUCUGCUGUGUCUCAAGCACCUGGAAACCAAAGGCCCAACAACACAUGUUGCUUUUGUUGGUGCUGUUGUUGCAGCUGCUCAUGCCUCACUGUUAGGAAUGAAGAUAGAGGGGACAAUGCAGGAAGGCCAACACACACAACCAAAAUGGAGAGUAUCCAGGUCAUAGAGGAAUGCCAAAACCCUACUGCAGAUGAAAUUAUGUCUUGGGCUCAGAAUUUUGACAAGAUGAUGAAAACACCAGCUGGUAGGAACCUUUUCAGAGAGUUUCUUCGAACGGAGUACAGUGAAGAGAACUUGCUUUUCUGGCUUGCAUGUGAAGACUUAAAGAAAGAACAGAACAAGAAAGUUAUUGAAGAAAAGGCGAGACUUAUAUAUGAAGAUUAUAUUUCUAUACUUUCACCAAAAGAGGUUAGUCUUGAUUCUCGGGUGCGAGAAGUCAUCAACAGAAACUUGUUGGAUCCCAGUCCUCACAUGUAUGAAGAUGCCCAACUUCCUGAGAGUCUUACUUCUGAUGUCAUCCAAAAGAAAGUAACUUUAUUGCAAAACUGCACACAAGGAGAUAUCAGAAGGAAAAUUGAGGUUCCUACUGGUACCCAUAGGGAACAGCAACAAAAUGGAAGAAAAGAAGUGGAUGAGAAUGAAGAUUUGCAGAAGCUUGCAGAAGAGGAAAUAGUUUCCUGUCAGGAAGAGAUAACUGAAUUGAAGCGCCAGGUAUAG